CAGUGGUUUAUGAGAUGAGGAUGAUGUUCGCCUAAGUAGCUCGUUUGUUUUUCCCCCCUGAAACUGCUAGAUUUAUUAAAUAUAUAAAUGGAGCGGUUCUGAGCGAGACCCGGAGAAUGGAAGCACCAGACGCGGGUGAUCCGUACAGCCGCCCGGCGCGCAGGACACAAUGGAUAGUGAGCACACUGGCUUACCAUUACGGACUGGACCGCGGCGUGGAGAACGAGAUCAUCGUCCUGGCCACUGGUCUGGAUCAGUACCUGCAGGAGAUCUUUCACCACCUGGACUGCCAGGGCGACGGCAGGAUCCCGGCCGAAGAUUUCCAGAUCCUGUGUGAGAUCCUGGGGCUGAAUAAAGAGACGGAGUCGGAGGAGUGCAUGGAGGUUCUGGACAGCUUGCCGAGCGAAUUCAGUUUCCGCCAGUUCCACGCCAAGCUCUGCGGAUACUUCAGCACCAAAGCUGGGAGCCAUUACGAGGACGGCCGGCUGCUGGUGGCCAGAGAGAGCGAGCACAUCGAGACGCAGAUCCGCCUGCGGAGCCCGAUGAGGCGCAGAGAGACGCUGCUCAGCCCGGGCCCGGGGAGGCGCACCAGUGACUCCACUACCGCGUCCGACCAACACAGUCCGGGAUGCAGACAAGGGUCGUGCACACGCGAGUGUUAUGAGGACAUUGUGGCUUUGGAGGAAGCGGAGGACAGGAUAGCCAAGCUGGAGGAGGAAAACGCAAGUCUGCGGGAGUUGGUGGAGGACAUGCGUGCGGCUCUUCAGAGCAGUGAUGCGCGCUCUUUAGCCCUGCAAGUUGGACUGUGGAAGAGUCAUCUGAAACACAGGCCAGACAGCGGAUGCUUUGUUGCCCGUCAGACGCGCAUUGCUCAAAAAUCCACCAUUCAGAGCAGUAAGAAAAGACUUCAGGAUAUUUUUACAGAAACAGAACUGACCCAGAAUUCUGCACAGAUUGAGGAUGUCCUGCUUUUGAACAAGAAACUGGAACAGGAACUGCAUGUUUCUCGGGAGGCUGUGCUGUUGCUAGAGGAAUGCAACAGAACCCUGAAAAAGGAGCAGGCAGAGAUGAGGAAAAAGGUGGAGGAAGCCAGGGAGGCUCUGCUCAACGGCUUGAGCAAAGUGAAAGAGCUAGAAGCCAAAGCCGGCCACGUUCCAGUCCUGCAAAGACACGUGCAACAGCUGGAGAUGGAACUUCUUUAUUACAGGGCCGAGGUCCCUAAGUCGCCUGUGUCUAAUGUAUUCAGCAGCACAGACGAGCUGCCCUACAGGAGCAAAAUGCGCCGGAGCAGCCGAUGUUGUCUGGACACACAACGAGAUCGUGGCUCUCCAACAGGCCAUGCAGAGACCAGUCAUGACAACAUGGAGGAGCAGCUCUUCCGCUCAGUGGAGGGUCAGGCAGCGUCAGAUGAAGAGGAGGAGAGGUGGACAGGAGAGCAGCAGAGACAAGUGGAUGAGGUGAAGAGAAUUCUCACCCGGCUCUCCUGCUGUGGAGACAGGUGUGAUGAGAGGGCUCUGAAGAAGCUGCUAUCUCAUUGGGGCGAGUCGUGGGCAGAGGAGAGCCACACUGCUGUUCUGCAGCUGUUAGAAAGAGUGACUCGUCUCCAUAAACAGCUGGAGCUGAGAGAAAGCCAGGCUUGGAGGGCAGACACUGACCCUGAGCAGGUAAAGGACUCAUUAGUGCAAGAGCUUCAGCAGAAGGCUGAGGAGACAGAGCUCCUCCACAGAGAACUGCAGAUGCUGGAGACAGAGAGGGUGCGUCUGUCUUUGGUUGAGGAAAAGCUAAUGGAUGUGUUGCAGCUCCUCCAACAACUCAGAGAUUUGAAUGUAUCAAGAAGGUCCCUGGGGAAGAUCUUACUGAGUACGUUGGAGUCUUGCAGUGAUCCCCAUCAUGGCAAGGCUCAUAUUCUGGAGGUGCUGAAUGCUCUUUGUCAUGAACUAGCUGCAUGUGAGAUCCUAUCAAACAGUGGCACGUCGGAGAACCCACAAAGUCACUCAUCUCUCUCUAACUCACUUCUUAUCUCCUGCUGAGCAGCUGGCAAGACUUUGGAAGAGAAGCUUCUGCAGGGAUGUCAUUUGUGCUCUCUGUGUUUUGUCUUUUGUUUAUAUUUCUGUGUUGAGUUUGUAUUUUUACUGUACAUGAAGUAAGGGCUCACGGUUGCCCAGAUAAGCUAAGUCAGACUUGGCUUAACAUAUUAAGCUAACCUAGGUAUCCUUGUCUGUGAAAUGAAUUAUAUUACUAAUAUGUGUUUAAGGGUGGCGCGAUGAUGCAGAGUGUAUAGCAUUGCCACCUUAUAGCUUCAGGGUUUGCUCUUGAGCUGGUGUUCCUCUCUGUUUGAAGUAUGUUCUCCCUGUGCCAGUGUGGGUUUUUCUCUGGGUUCUCAGGUUUUCUCCCACCUUAUUAAAACAUUAGGAGGUGUGCAUUGUUUCCUCCCUCAUGCUCAUUGUUGACAAGGUUAUCCACCACAAGCCAACUUGGAUGAAGCAGUAACUGAAAAUUAGGGCUUAAUUAAAUCAAGUUUCUUCAAAAUACAUCAGGAUUUAUGCCACAAAAAAUGAAAAUUCUACUAUUAUUGUUAUGAAAAUAUUACAUUAUGUGUUACUUUUUGACCACCUUUACAAUUUACACUCCAUGGAAAUGCAAAGUGAGAAAAGGACAGCAGGUAAAAUAAACCCAGAAUUGUUGGCAUCCUAAAUAAAAAAUAAUUAAACAUCAAUUAUGAUAUCUUAUUAGAAAUUGGAAUAGCCAUGUUAAAGCAUUCAUUUUGUGUAUUGAAACCUUUUUUGUGUUCAUUUUAAAUGAUCAUUAUCUUGUUUUUAUGCUGUUGUUCCGCAUAAGAGCUAUCAUGGGUGAUUUAACACACUGUUUAUUAUGCUUAUCUUUUGUAAUUUUUAAGAGUAACAAU